CCCCGGUGUCGCGUGACACACCAAUCAGCGCGCGCUCUCGCGGAGCGCGAGUCAGUCAGAAACACGCAGGACCGCGAGCCCGAGGUGACUUGGAUAUUGCGCGGUUCUGUCAUGAUUUAAGAAAGAUAAACUCGUAUUCACAUGUGAGAUUCACUGCAGUGGCUUUGGGAAAUACGUGUUUGUUUAGAAAUUGGUGGUCGUUUGUUUUAUCCCGGACUAUUUUGAGAUGGAUCCGGUUCAAGGUGUUUUUCGUGCGCAGUGAACGUUCAAUGCAGCACUCAGACCAUCCUCGGGCUUUAUGGACUUGACUGUUAAUGAUGUCUAUGAGUUUCAUGCCUGAUGCGCUGAAUAGUUCCGAUCCUUCCAAAUCAGCAUUUUUAGAGUUCGGCCACGGACUUGCAGGCAGCCAGCAGCAUUUAUCCGGAUUCGCACACAAUAUUUACCCAGUACAUGGAUUGCACUCAGGCGGACACCUCCAGCACGAUGCUCCAUACCCUUCCACCGCGUCCCAUUACAGCCGGCCGCUGGGAUACGCCUACCCCGGGCCGGUGAGCGCUCCUGCUCCGGGUGCUUACAUGCCUUACCAGCCAAACAACCACAGCAGUACUCUGGCGCACACGAGGGCCGAGGAGACGAACCACGAAAAGCCAGCGGUCAUUGAGAAUGGUGAAAUUCGCCUUAAUGGCAAGGGGAAGAAGAUCCGCAAACCGCGAACCAUUUACUCCAGUGUUCAGCUGCAGGCGCUGCACCAGCGCUUCCAGCAGACCCAGUACCUCGCGCUGCCCGAGCGCGCUGACCUAGCCGCGAAACUGGGACUGACGCAAACACAGGUAAAAAUAUGGUUUCAAAACAAGCGCUCCAAGUAUAAGAAGAUCAUGAAGCAUGGCUCCGGUGGACCUGAAGGGGAGCUUCUUCACACUACCUCCUCAUCCUCUCCAUGCUCUCCAGGCCUCUCUCAGCUCUGGGAGGUCUCUAUGGCCAACAAAGUGCCACCCAUGCAUCCCAGCAGUUAUAUGAACAAUUACGGGCACUGGUAUCCCCCACACCACCAGGAUCCUGUGCCCAGACCUCAGAUGAUGUGAUUGAAAUUGGAAACAAGGAGCAAGAGAGACUCCAUUCCGUGUAGACACCUGCCUAACCUGUGAAGGUUUUUUCCUUUAUGGUGUUCAUAUGUGUUUUAUUGCUUGGUGUGUUUGGAAAGGACUGUUUUACUCCCCUGACUCCUCUAUUACACUUCAGUAGCUUUUCAACCUUUUCGGAUCUUUUACAAUGUGCUUGAAAUAAAGGAUUUAUGACUAUGUUAUGA